AUGGCCGCCAAGUCACCCGUCAACAUUAUCGCCGGAGCAGGCAACAUUGGCGACAGCAAGAUUGACAAGACUGUCCGAUAUGACACGCCCAAUCAGGUAAACGCGUACCUGGACGCCUUUUACAAGCGAGGGUACAAGCAAAUCGACACCGCGCGCAAUUAUUCUACUGGGGCGCCUGGCACUUCAGAACCAAGACUUGGUGCAGUUGAGGCAGGAAAACGGUUCAUUAUCGACACCAAAGUGAAGUCCCGCGAGCCUGGGAGCCACAAGAGGGAGAGAGUUGCUGAGGAUAUCAACACUUCGCUUAAAGAACUGAAGAUCGACCAGAUAAACAUCGUGUAUCUCCAUCAACCGGAUAGAGCAACCCCCUUUGAGGAGACCUGUGAGGCCAUUGACAAGGCUUACAAGGAGGGAAAGUUCAAACAGUUUGGACUCUCCAAUUUUACGGCAGGUGAAGUCGCACAGGUCAUCAAAAUCUGCGAGGGUAGGGGUUUCGUGAAGCCGAGCGUCUACCAGGGGCAAUACAAUCCCCUUGUCCGAGGUGGAGAGAAGGAACUGUUCCCUCUCCUGCGCAAAAACAACAUGGCUUUUUAUGCAUGGAGUCCUGCUGGGGGAGGCUUCUUUGCUGGAAAUUACAAGACCGGUAAAGAGGGCGGUCGGUUUGACAAGUCGACGUUCCUCGGAGGUUUCUACUCAGCUUUGUAUCUUAAGCCCUCAAUUGAGGCCGCAACCGAAAACGCCUUGGCUGUUGCUACCAAGCACGGCAUCAGUGGCCAUGCUGCUGCUUUGAGAUGGACCGUUUAUCACAGUGCUCUCGAUGCAAAGUACGGCGACUCUAUCAUCAUCGGCGCGUCGACUAUCGAUCAACUUAAUUCUAAUCUCGACAUUGCCGAGGUGGGGCCCCUCCCGGAUGAUGCUGCCGAAGCCUUCGAUGCCUUGUACAUGGAAGCUGGCGCGGAUGAGAUACCUUAUGCCUUUUGA